AUGGUAAACGAUCUUGCGGACCCCAGUUUGAGAACCUCUGUCAUAACAGAUAUUGUUUAUCCGUGUGCCUUCAGUGUUUGUCAGCGGCUAAAGUGUGAACGCUCACACAUAAUAAAAAUUCGGCUCUUGACUGGAAAAGUUGCUCCGUGUUCCCCUUUGUGUCUCUGUGACGGGGAGCUCGCUUCGCUCUCUUCGGACCUGCUCGCUCGCCGUACAUGUCGGCGCGUCAUCCUGUUUGGGGCCCAAAUCGAAGAUGCGCCUGUUGGUGUCGGCGGUUUGACGUUCGAAAGCGGAAACAUGGCUCUCCACCGAGAGGGCAGCCGGGGCUUCUACUUCAACACCGUGCUGUCGCUGGCUCGCUCGCUGGCGGCUCACCGGCAGGCGCCGCUCGACAAGGUGCAGAAGUUACAAUGCAUGUGUCCCGUGGACGUGCGAGGGGUGUUCCAGCUGGACGAGAGGCGGCGGGACGCCGUGCUGGCGCUGGGCAUCUUCUUGGUGGAGUCCGACCUGCAGCACAAAGACGCCAUCGUGCCCUACCUUCUCGGUCUGCUCAAAGGACUUCCGAGAGUGCAGUGGAUUGAGGAGAGCUCGGAAUGCAAAGGACGAGGGAUACUUCCUGUUGCCGAGAACUUCAGCUUCUGUCUCGUCACGUUGCUCUCUGACGUUGCCCAGCGAGAUGAAACGUUGCGUGGACAGAUCCUGGAGACCAUCAUGGACGUUAUGCAAAUUCUGCAAGACUUGUGCAAGAAUCCGCAGUGUCGCGAUAAAGGGCCGCCCUACUUCGAGUACACGUGUCGCCACACGGUCCCCGCCCUGCUGGGCGUGGCGCGCGCCUUCGGCCGCUACAGCAACACGGACGAGCCGCUGCUGUCCAAGCUGUUCCCGCGGCCGGCGGCGCCCCCCCUGACGGCGGCGGACGACAGCGACGCCGCGCGCCGACGUUCCUUCAAUGACUUCCGCUCCAUCCUGCCCAGCUCCUUCCUCACAGUGUGCCCGGGGGACACGAUGAGGCACAAGAGCUCCUCCGUGUCCUCCGUGUCUCAACAGGCCAGUCCCGAGAGGACGGGGCUGACCCCGAGCUCCCCGGCGGGCCCGUCGGCGCCGUACUUUGAAGGCUCGUACCUUCCCGACGGCAGCUCCGUGGACCCGGACUACUACUUCUCCACCAUCAGCUCCAGCUUCUCCGUCUCGCCUCUCUUCACCGGCAGCAGCUGCGGAGAGUUCCGCGUCCCCCUGGACACGCUCAGGCAGCUUCUGCACAUGGUGGAAGAAAUGGUCUCGGAGUCGUUUUUAAAGUCGCUGGAUGAAACCUUGGCAGAACUGUUGGAGUUGAGUCCCGGUCUUCACGUGUACUACAAAACCUUCAGUGACCCUCUCUACGUCGCCAUAUUCAAAAUGCUCAGAGACACCCUGUACAACCUGAAAGACCUCCAGACGGACUUUGUGAAGGAGGUGCACGACUUUGUGCUGGAGCAGUUCAGCAGCAGCCAGUCGGAGCUGCAGAGGAUCCUGCGCGACGUCGAGUACCUUCAGAGCGAGCUGAGCCCGCUCAAGCUGCGCUGCCAGGCCAACGCCGCCUGCGUGGACCUGAUGGUGUGGGCCGUCACCGAGGAGCAGGGAGCCGAGAACCUUUGCGGCAAGCUGUCGGAGAAGCUGCAGUCCAAGACCUCCAGUAAAGUCAUCAUCGCGCAUAUGCCUCUCCUCAUCUGCUGCCUGCAGGGCUUGGGUCGCCUGUGCGAGCGCUUCCCGGUGGUGGCCCACUCCGUCACCACGUCGCUGAGGGACUUCCUGGUGGUGCCCUCUCCGGUCCUGGUCAAGCUGUACAAGUACCACAGCCAGUGCGCUCCCGGAGGCGGGGAGAUCAAGAUCCACGUGACCAACGAGCACUCCCAGUCCACCCUCAGCACGAACCCAGGAAGCAAGAAGAGCCAGCCCUCCAUGUACGAACAGCUGAGGGACAUCUCCAUCGAUAACAUCUGCAGGUGUCUGAAGGCGGGGCUGACUAUGGAUAACGUUAUUGUAGAAGCCUUCCUGGCCAGCCUGUCCAAUCGUCUCUACAUCUCCCAGGAGAACGACAAGGACGCUCACUUAAUCCCGGACCACACCAUCCGGGCUCUGGGCCACAUCGCCGUGGCCCUGCGGGACACCCCCCGCGUGAUGGAGCCCAUCCUACAGAUCCUGCAGCAGAAGUUCUGCCAGCCGCCGUCGCAGCUGGACGUGCUCAUCAUCGACCAGCUGGGCUGCAUGGUCAUCACGGGCAAUCAAUACAUCUACCAGGAAGUGUGGAAUUUGUUCCAGCAGAUCAGCGUCAAGGCCAGCUCCAUGGUCUACUCCACCAAGGACUACAAGGACCACGGAUACAGACACUGCUCACUGGCCGUCAUCAACGCUCUGGGCAACAUCGCGGCCAACCUGCAGGCCGAGCAGAUGGUGGACGAGCUGCUGGUCAACCUGCUGGAGCUUUUCGUCCAGCUGGGCCUGGAGGGCAAGAGGGCCAGCGAGCGGGCGGCGGACAAAGGCCCGGCUCUCAAGGCAUCGAGCAGUGCUGGCAACCUGGGCGUCCUCAUCCCGGUCAUCGCAGUGCUGACAAAAAGGUUGCCACCGAUCAAGGAGGCCAAACCACGCCUGCAGAAGCUCUUCAGGGACUUUUGGCUCUACUCUGUGGUCAUGGGCUUCGCUGUGGAAGGCUCAGGUCUGUGGCCUGAAGAGUGGUACGAGGGCGUGUGCGAGAUCGCCACCAAAUCGCCGCUGCUGACGUUCCCGAGCGGCGAGCCUCUCCGCUCCGAGCUGCAGUACAACUCUGCGCUCAAGAACGACACGGUCACGCCGGCGGAGCUGAACGAGCUGCGCGGCACCAUCAUCAACCUGCUGGACCCGCCUCCAGAGGGCGCCGCGCUCAUCAACAAGCUGGACUUCGCCAUGUCCACGUAUCUGCUGUCUGUUUACAGGCUGGAAUACAUGAGGAUGCUGAAUUCGCUGGACUCGGAACGCUUCCAGGUCAUGUUCCGCUACUUUGAGGACCGAGCCAUCCAGAAGGACAAAUCGGGCAUGAUGCAGUGUGUAGUCGCUGUCAGCGACAAAGUCUUUGAAGUCUUCCUGCAAAUGAUGAUUGAGAAAGCAAAAACCAAAGCGCACGAAGAGGAGCUGGAGCGCCACGCCCAGUUCCUGUUGGUCAACUUCAAUCACAUUCACAAGAGGAUCCGCAGAGUGGCCGAUAAAUAUUUGUCCGGGCUGGCCGAAACCUUCCCUCACCUGCUGUGGAGCGGCCGUGUGCUGAAGACCAUGCUGGACAUCCUGCAGACGCUCUCGCUCUCGCUCAGCGCCGACAUCCACAAGGACCAACCUUACUAUGACAUUCCGGACACUCCGUACAGGAUAACCGUUCCCGAUACCUAUGAAGCCAGAGAGAGCAUCGUAAAGGAUUUUGCUGCUCGCUGUGGAGAAAUCCUGAAGGAAGCCAUGAAAUGGGCUCCGUCUGUCACCAAGUCCCACCUGCAGGAGUACUUGAACAAACAUCAGAACUGGGUGUCGGGUCUGUCGCAGCACACGGGCCUGGCCAUGGCCACGGAGAGCAUCCUGCACUUUGCUGGCUUUAACCGACAGAGCACCACGCUAGGGUCCACUCAGUUGACGGAGAGGCCAGCCUGCGUGAAGAAGGACUACUCCAACUUCAUGGCCUCCCUCAACCUGAGGAACAGAUACGCAGGAGAGGUAUCGGGCAUGAUCCACUUCGCCCAGGCGGUGCGGGGCCAGCCGGACCUGGGCCGGCUGAUGGUCAAGCAGAUGGGAGAGGCUCUGGACUUGGCCCAACCCGAAGGCUUCACUGAGGCAAUGUUCAAGCUGGCCGCAUUGCUCAUCAGCAGCAAAGAAUGCGACCCCCAGCUGCUGCACCACCUCUGCUGGUCUCCUCUCAAGAUGUUCACCGAGCACGGCAUGGAGACGGCCAUCGCCUGCUGGGAAUGGCUGCUGGCUGCACGUGUUGGUGUGGAAGUACCGUUCAUGCGGGAGAUGGCGGGAGCGUGGCAGAUGACGGUGGAGCUGAAGAUGGGCUUGUUCUCCGACGCCCAGCAGGAGGCCGACCCCCUGGCGGCGUCUGAGGAGAGCCAGCCCGUCCCCUGCCCGCCUGACGUCACCCCGCACCACAUCUGGAUCGAGUUUCUGGUGCAGAGGUUCGAGAUAGCCAAGUACUCCAGUGCCGACCAGGUGGAGAUCUUCUGUAGUUUGCUCCAGCGCUCGCUGUCUCUCAACGUGGGCGGGGCGAAGAGUAACCUCAACCGCCACGUCGCCGCCAUCGGACCUCGCUUCAGGCUGCUGACGCUGGGCCUGGCUGUACUUCACUCUGACAUCAUAACCAACGCCACCGUUAGGAACGUGCUCAGAGAGAAGAUCUACUCCACGGCCUUUGAUUACUUCAGCAUGUCUCCAAAGUUUCCCACCCAAGGUGACAAGCGCCUGCGCGAGGACAUCAGCGUCACCAUCCGCUUCUACGCCAGCAUCCUGUCGGACAAGAAGUACCUGGCGGCGUGCCACCUGGUGCCCCCCGGUGAGCUUGGUACCACCCCGGCCCCGAGCACGCUCUCUGCCGGGAUAUUUGGAUCGCUUAUCGUGUCCAGCACUUCUCCGAUAUCCAUCUUAAACAACCAGGAUCCGUCGCUGAACAGUUUGUCGGUGAUGAAUGCCGCCGACAUGCGCAGUAACGUCGACUCCAGCGCUCGCUCGCAGCAGAGCAGCCAGGGAUGGAUCAACACGUACCCACUUUCCAGCGGCAUGUCCACCGCAUCCAAGAAAUCUGGAGCGUCCAAGAAGAGCAACCGAGGGACGCAGCUCCACAAAUACUACAUGAAGCGCAGGACCCUCCUGUUGGCUCUGCUGGCGAGCGAGAUCGAGCGCCUGAGCACGUGGUACAACCCGCUGUGUACCCAGGAGCUGGCCAUCGCCACCGAGCAGUCGGUGGAGACCAGCAUCGCCAACUGGCGGUCCAAGUACAUCAGCCUGACUGAGAAGCAGUGGAAGGACAACGUCAACCUGGCCUGGAACAUCGCGCCCUACCUCGCCAUGCAGCUGCCCAGCAGGUUCAAGAACGACGCCAUCACGGGCGAGGUGACCCGGCUGGUGCGUUUGGAUCCCGGUGCCGUUAGCGACGUUCCAGAAGCCGUCAAGUUCCUGGUGACGUGGCACACCAUCGACGCCGACUCUCCGGAGCUGAGCCACAUCCUGUGCUGGGCCUCCGCCGACCCGCCAACGGGCCUGUCCUACUUCAGCAGCAUGUACCCGCCGCACCCGCUCACCGCGCAGUACGGCGUCAAGGUGCUGCGCUCCUUUCCUCCGGACGCCAUCUUGUUCUACAUCCCGCAGAUUGUACAAGCGCUGCGCUACGAUAAGAUGGGUUACGUGAGGGAGUACAUCCUGUGGGCCGCGCAGAAGUCCCAGCUGCUGGCCCACCAGUUCAUCUGGAACAUGAAGACCAACAUCUUCAUGGAUGAGGAGGCGCACCAGAAGGACCCUGACAUCGGGGAUCUGCUGGAGCAAAUGGUGGAGGAGAUCACAGGAUCGCUGUCGGGUCCGGCCAAAGACUUCUACCAGCGAGAGUUUGACUUCUUCAACAAGAUCACCAACGUGUCGGCCAUCAUCAAGCCAAUUCCCAAAGGGGAGGAGAGGAAACGGGGCUGUCUGAAGGCUCUGUCCGAUAUCAAAGUUCAGCCAGGCUGUUACCUGCCCAGUAACCCCGAGGCCAUCGUUCUGGACAUUGACUACAAGUCUGGAACCCCCAUGCAGAGCGCUGCCAAGGCUCCCUACCUGGCCAAGUUCAAGGUGAAGCGCUGCGGCGUGAGCGAGCUGGAGCGCGAGGGCCUCCGCUGCCCGUCCGACUCGCUGGACGACGACGAGGACAACCCGGACGGCGUGCGGCGGGUCUGCUGGCAGGCGGCCAUCUUCAAAGUGGGCGACGACUGUCGGCAGGAUAUGCUAGCGCUGCAGAUCAUCGGGCUCUUCAAGAACAUCUUCCAGCUGGUGGGCCUGGACCUUUUCGUCUUCCCCUACCGGGUGGUGGCCACUGCUCCCGGGUGCGGCGUGAUCGAGUGCAUCCCGGACUGCAAGUCCCGCGACCAGCUCGGCAGGCAGACGGACUUCGGCAUGUACGACUACUUCCGGAACCAGUACGGCGACGAGUCCACGCUGGCCUUCCAGAAGGCUCGCUACAACUUCAUCCGCAGCAUGGCGGCAUACAGCCUGCUGCUCUUCCUGCUGCAGAUUAAAGACAGACACAACGGCAACAUCAUGCUGGACAGCAAAGGACACCUCAUCCACAUCGACUUCGGCUUCAUGUUCGAGAGCUCGCCGGGCGGCAACCUGGGCUGGGAGCCCGACAUCAAGCUGACGGACGAGAUGGUGAUGAUCAUGGGCGGCAAGAUGGAGGCCACGCCCUUCAAGUGGUUCAUGGAGAUGUGCGUGCGAGGCUACCUGGCCGUGCGUCCCUACAUGGACGCGGUGGUGUCUCUGGUUACGCUCAUGCUGGACACGGGACUGCCGUGCUUCAGAGGACAAACCAUCAAACUCCUCAAAGGCAGGUUUAAUCCUCAGAUGAGCGAGAAAGAGGCGGCGGCGUUCAUCAUAAAGGUCAUCCAAAGUUGCUUCCUCAGUAGCAGGAGCAAGACGUACGACAUGCUGCAAUAUUACCAGAACCAAAUUCCCUACUGACCUCGCCGCGGCCCCGACAAGACGGCGGCGCAAUAACUCCAAGCACGAUGGGAAUAUUUUAGCCCUUUCCCAAGAGAGCUGUUUGAAAUCACCCUUUAAGUGUUUAUCGUCAUCAUCGUCCUCACUCGAGUGCACUUUAUUUCUCGCAGUAUUCAGAUAUUAGCAUCAAACAAUCUGCAGUGUUUUUACGUGUGUAUAUCAUGUUUGUAUUAUUUAUCAGGCCACAAGAACAAAUCAUCAGUGACGUGUUACAUUCCGCAGCGGCACUUUGGGAGAUAAAAUCGGAGUAUCGGCGGUUGUUUUUUUUUUAUGCCGCGUCUAGCCCAGUGUUUCCCAAACUUUAUCGAACCAAGGCAAGUUUAAAUUUGAAAAUCGACAUUUCUAUUAGCCCUCUUGGAAUGGCUUUAACUAUUAUGAAUCAAUAAUAAUAUUGAAAAACUGCAAGUAAUUGACACCUCCCCUAAAAAUUGUAAUCAUUGAAUAUUUUAAAGCGUAAAUGUGCCACAAAACAUCCAUCCAUCCAUCCAUCCAUCCAUCUACUUCACCGCUUAUCUCCCUUGAAUCCCGGUCCUCAGAACUGUGAAGCAGAUGUGCCAACCAGUUGGUCACCGUGCCGCCUAUCCCAAAAUACUUUAACAUAAUUUCAAACUUAUUUUACAAAAUUACCCUUAAAAAAAAAUGUAUAUAAGUAUGCAGGGAGCCACUGCAUUGUACAUCCUCGACACCAAUUACUACUUUCCUAUUAUCCAAGGCUUUGGAGCCACCUUGUGGCAACUUAACUCAUCUACGCACGUACCAAAAUACGCCCAAAAGCCGUGAAUUGAACAAAUCUUCAGCGCAUAACAGAGGAUAAGUUUGACAAAUAAAAAUGUGAAAACGUGAAUUCUCAAAUACUUGACUCCCUCUAGUGGCACGUGAAAGAAUGACUGAAUUAAAAGUUUAAACUGUGCAUCAUGUUACAGUAUCUUCAACUUUGUUUUAAUCCGGUACAGUACAGAAACAUCUCAAUGGAUUAGAAUAUAGUAGAAAAAUCCAUUUAUUUCAGUCCUCAAGGAUGAUAUCGAUUCAUCCAACACUUAAAAUUCCUGCCUAAUUUCUGCAUUAAAAGUCAUUUGUUUCAGCAAGACAACGCCAAACCACAUUCUGCACGUGUUACAGCAACUUGACUUGGUAGUAAAAGAGUGCGGGUACUAGACUGGCCUGGCCUGGCCUGCCUGCAGUCCAGACCGGUCUCCCGUUGAAAAUGCGUGGCGCAUUAUGAAACGUAAAAUACGGCAACGGAGACCCCGGCCGGACUGUUGAACGGCUGAAGCUGUACAUCGAGCGAGACUGGGAAAGAAUUCCACCUCCAAAGCGUCAACAAUUAGUGUCCUCCGUUGCCAAACGUUUCUUGAAUGUUGUGAAAAGAAAAGGUGAUGUAACACCGUGGUCAACACGAGCCUGUCCCAGCUUUUUGGGAACGUGUUGCAGCCGUCAAAUUCCAAGUUCAUGAUUAUUUGCUAAAAACAAUCAAGUUAAUCAGUUUGAACAUGAAAUAUCUGGUCUUUGUAGUGUAUUCAAUUCAAUAUAGGUUGACCUCAUUAGAAUUGGGGUUGUAUUUCAAUUUUAAGUCCAAUGCAUUUGCAUAUAAUCCAAUCCAAGUAUUUUUGGAAGUAGUAUUUGAUGUAAAACAACUGUACAUUACUUGACUUCAGUAAAUAAUAAAACAUUAUUUUUCUUAAAUAAAUAAAAAAUAAAACACUCAUGAGGGAGGCACAGUGAAAGACUGCUUAGAGCGUCUGCCUCACAGUUCUGAGGACCGGGGUUCAAAUCCCGGCCCCGCCAGUGUGGAGUUUGCAUGUUCUCCCCGUGCCUGCGUGGCUUUUCUCCAGGUACUCCGGUUUCCUCCCACAUCCCAAAAACAUGCAUGCUAGGUUCAUUGAAGACUAAUUUGCCCGCAAGUGUGAAUGGUUGUUUGUUUCUGUGUGCCCUGCGAUUGGCUGGCGACCGGUUCAGGGUGUACCCCGCCUUUCGCCCGGAGAUAGCUGGGAUAGGCUCCAGGGAUAGGCCCGCGACCCGCGUGAGGUUCAAGCGGUACGGAAAAUGGAUGGAAGGUUGGCUGGAUUAACCACUUUCUUGCGAAUGUAGCGUCACUGCUAGCACAGUCAACUGUGUGUGCGUGUUGAACCUGUUUGAAAACAUUCCUGGUGCGUGUGUCAUGUGAUAACUUCUCAAAAUAAAAAGUAAAAAACAACAACAAAAAAGCCAUGUCUUCCUUGACACGAGUGACCCUCGGUAUGCAAAACAAAUGAACAAAUCCAUGUGCUGUUUUGAGGUUCAUGUGAAUGGCGGCUAACCCUGUUAGCAAAAGGGGGAAAAUCUCCUUCACAAACACGAUUGGCUGGCAACCAGUCCAGGACCACCAGAGAAAAUCGUCUGUCACGUCUCGAGGAGGCCAAUGUUCACAUGCGAGCAAGAUCCUAAAGCUAAGCUCUUAUAAAUUGUACCUUUUAACACAUCUUUCGUGACCACGUGUGCGUUUGUCGCCGUGUGCGUCCGUAUGGUUCACCUUGGAAAUGUUUUCAAUGUUUGUUGGCUCAUUCCACUACUGUGAGCUGCCACAAACACCUGUGGCUGAUUUGAAAAUAAAAACCUCAU